AUGGCUGUUGCCACUGGCCCACCAGAGACUAUUGAGGUCAUAGAUAGGAACAACAAUGAUUGCGUUGCCAACCCUAAAAAGUUAUGCUUAGCCACUUCUGAUAAGACUAGGGGUUUAUUAAUCAGGGCUAUCCUUGCAAACAGGGUAGGUUAUAGAUGGAUUACAAGAUUUCUUGCCCUAAUUGGUUGUUACUCCUUACUACUUUUCUUAGGUUUUCUUCAAGUUGGAUAUUACUAUUUCUUCUCCGGUCAAGUUUGCAGAAGCAUAGUUUAUGGUGAUCAGCCAAGAAAUAGGCUGGAUCUGUAUCGACCCAAAAAUAGUGAUGGGCCAAAGCCAGUCAUUGCGUUUGUAACUAGUGGAGCCUGGAUUAUCGGUUACAAAGCAUGGGGUUGCCUUUUAGGACAACAGUUAUCAGAAAGAGACAUCAUAGUGGCAUGCAUAGAUUACAGGAAUUUCCCCCAAGGGACCAUGAGUCAUAUUGUAACAGAUGCAUCUCAAGGUAUCUCAUUUGUGUGCAAAAAUACUGCUGAAUAUGGAGGGGAUCCUGAUAGGAUUUAUCUGAUGGGACAGUCAGCUGGUGCACAUAUUGCUGCUUGCACAAUCUUGGAGCAGGCAAUUAAAGAAGGCGGUGAGGGAGAAAGCACCACAUGGAGUGUCUCCCAGAUAAAGGUUUAUUUGGGUUUAUCUGGAGGGUAA